UUCCAAAAUGUGCGGUCUUCGCUGCUGUCCAAGAACGAAAAAAGAAAUCCCGAAAUGUGGCCAGCACAAUUUAAGGUGGUGGAUGGGUGAGCCCAAAAAGUUAUACAUUUAUUUUCUUUCCGCGCCUUCUUGGACAACUCAACUAGCAUGGCGGCGCACCCGCAGGCCAGUGCGCCUCUCGACUUCGGGGAAAGGUUGGGCCUCGCCUUCAUCGUAGAAGCGGCAACACUAUCAGUACUGGCUAUUACAAGUCUUCUGGCAUACAUUACUUAUAGCGCUGUCACAAUUCGAUUGGGUGCCACCCGCAGAUGGUCAACGGACACUCAUAUUCAUUAUUACUUUCUCAAUUUAAUGUUUUUUGACUUCAUUCAAGCAAUCGGGGGGAUGUUUGACAUCACAUGGAUCGACGCUGCUCAAGUAUACCCUGGUACGAUCUGCACUGUGCAAGGAGCCUUCAAGCACGUGGGGAAUACGGGAGCAGCUUUCAGCACGAUAGUAACUCACAUCCCACCUGGAAACGUCUCCCGUGCUAAUCAGCUUAUGCAGGCUAUCGCGUUACACACGAUGCAGGUGCUUGUAUUGAAGUGGGAUACCCCUCCAAAAGCAGGGCUACUUGGCUCAGCCAUCAUAUGGGUAACUGUUGGCCUGAUGGUCGGAAUACCAAAUGCGGUGGUUGAUAAUUUCUAUGGACCCACUGGGCACUGGUGCUGGAUUGAACGUAACAACUUCCAACGAAUGGGUCUUCAAUACCUGUGGAUGUGGAUUGCAGCCUUCAUCACCAUCGUUGUUUACAUAUUCCUUGCUCUUGUGGUCAAACGGGUUAUCAUCGUUGAUGGACAUAGAAUUCGUUGGAUUUCGGCUGAGGCUCGCAGUCGUACGCCCUCCGAUGGUUCUGACCCCCGACCAUCACGAGACGAAGGAACUAUCGCGUUGCGAAUGCUCUUCUAUCCUGCUGUCUACAUUAUUACGGUAUUGCCUAUCACCGCCGCUCGCUUCACGCAAUUUCACAGCAACGAUGUACCAUGGCCGGUGACGGCUUGGGCAGACACCCUCCUUCUUUUAUCGGGAUUUUUCAACACGAUCCUAUAUACGCUGACGCGCCCAAAACUCCUUCCGCAUUCACGACCCUCACGGGUUGUUCUACCAUCCAUAGGCUCAAACCAGCACCUCGGUAGGACGAAUCGGUUUUACAACCACAAACACUAUCCUUUUGAUAUAAAAAUUGAAGAAGAAGAAGGGGACCUAGCCCCUAUGAGUUUUGAGCUCGGGCGACCUCAGCGCUCCUCGUCCGAGUUGCGCUUUGCUCACCCUACGAAAUCAAAUCUCGAGCAAUGACCGGUGUCUUGUAUUUUUAUGGGAUGUGAUCCCGUCAGUGCUGUGUGCUACUUCAUGCAUGCUUAUCCUUUACUUGCCAGUGGGAUACGACAGUGCACAGUCCAGAUUCCGUCUUUUUAUUGGAGCACAUCGACUCUAGCAUUACACUAAGAAUAUCGUAUCCUUAGUGUUGUAUUACAACGGGACCUGUCUGUGGGCGUAUGAUGUAGUUGGAAUCCAAUAGGAAUCUAGCCAUUUCAUCCAGUGUGGUGGCGGUGUACUUGCUAAGUGUGUGCGGA